AUGACGUUGGAAGAAGAUCAAAAAGAACCCUUGUUGAAUGAGACUGAAUCACAAGCUGCUACAGUGAGCUCGUUUCCACCUAUUUCAAAGCAGCAAUCAAGUCAACCACAGCCGACAGCUACUGUAUCCACAGAGCAAGCUACUGCUGAAAUAGGCACUGAAAAUACCGAAUCUGUUAGUAUAUUCGACGCAGCUCAAAGAGGCUCUUUUCAGACGAUACGCUAUCUGUUGGAUAACAAAAUCGCAACGGUACAUGACGUGGAUAACCAAGGCGCCACUGCCUUACAUUACGCUACAUUGGCAAACAACGAUGUCUGUGUGAAAUACUUGAUCGAUAAGGGCGCUGUUGUGGACGCACCCGCUGGUGAUUUGCAAGCAACUCCUCUGCAUUGGGCUAGUAGACAGGGACGUUUGGGUGCUGUUCACCGUCUCAUCAAGGAGGGAGCCAACCCUUCUCUCAAGGAUGGGCAAGGCUUCAACGCACUCCAUUUAGCAGUGCACUCAUCGCAUGCUAUGCUUGUGCUGUAUCUACUAUAUCUGGAUAUCGAGAUUGAUGUAUCGGACAAUGUGGGUGGACAUACACCGCUGAUGUGGGCUGCUUAUCAGGGACAUUCACAAUCUGUGGAUUUAUUGCUCAAGUUUGGAGCUAGUGUUACAGCCACAGAUCAUUCGCAAUUGACGCCACUUCACUGGGCUGUUGUUCGAGGCAACAAGAUGUGCAUUCGCAAGAUGCUCGAGUACGAUGCAGAUGUCAAUGCUCGCGAUCAGACGGGUAAAUCCGUCAUGGAUUUCAUCCACGAAAAGAAGUUUGAGCGUACCUGGGACAGAGCUGUACUGGAAUUUGAUGUGCUGGCAGAAGGAAAUUCAGCUCAAGAGGCUCGUAUUGGUAAAUACCCCGGAUCAAAAGGAAAGCCAUUAUCAAAGCGCACUGUGAAUACUGUUGCAUAUUUAGCACCCUUCUUCUCUUUGGGAUUAGCGCUAAAAUGUCUUGCCAUGUUCCCUUGGUAUGCUGGAUUACCGUUAGCACUUAUGUCAUUUGCAGUUACACACAUUGGCAUUAUCAAAUACUUGAUUCAAGUGCCCAGCCAUGACGCUGUGUGGAAGACACCCUAUUUCUCGAGUAUAUUCCAAUCUUCGGCAUUUUGGGUCGUUGUUACCUGGAUGUUUGUGCUCGUACCAUCUACUUCACAUUUACUGUUUACCAAUCUGAUAUUUUUGACCACCUUCUUUACUGCCAUGUUUGCAUUUUUCAAGGCAGUGGCAGCAGACCCUGGAUUCAUCAAGAAGGAUUCUUCGAGAGAAAAGCAGCACAGAGCAGUCGAGGAAUUGGCAGAUGAAAACAUGCUGGAUGUUCGACAUUUCUGCUUGACUUGUUUGAUCAAGAAACCAUUGCGAUCCAAGCACUGCAAAGUAUGCAAUCGCUGUGUGGCCAAAUUCGAUCAUCAUUGUCCCUGGAUUUUCAACUGCAUUGGUGUCAACAAUCAUAGACCCUUUUUAGUAUUUUUGAUCAACAUGGUGAUUGCCAUUAUUGCAUUCUCCAUGUUGUCUGUCAACUAUCUCUCUAUCACUGCUCCCAUAUACGAUCAUGGGCCUGACAGCACUUGCUUAUUGGGAUCCACCGUCUGCGGCUAUUUUGACUAUGACACAUGGACAUUGGCAUUGACUAUCUGGGUCUUAUUCCAACUGACUUGGUCCAUGUUUUUACUGGGUGUGCAGCUCUAUCAAGUGGCCGUUGGCAUGACAACCAAUGAAAGUGCCAAUGUCAAUCGAUAUGCUUAUAUGAAUGCGAAUCAAGGCGUGAUCACCAAUCUGACUGUGGGAGGCAUUGAAGGCAGUGAUGGCCCGUCAGCUACUGUUGGGGAACCUGGUCAUCAUCAUGGCCAUGGUCAUGGACAAGGUGGAUUUUGUCCUUGCCUUCAAUUGGUUGCAGGCGCUAGAGCUCUACAUAAGGCUCGCAAUAGACAAGGCAACAUGAAUAAGGCUGGCAAUGUGUUUGAUCAUGGAUGUUGGAACAAUUGCAUGGAUUUCUGGGCACCAGAUGGAGGUGGCACCAACUAUUACGAAAUUUAUGACAUUCAUCAAAUCAAUUAUAAGCAAAAACAACAUCAACAGCAAGCAUUGGAUGUGUAG